ACUAAGCGGUUUUUAGGCGGAAUAGAGGUUGAAAGGAGUUCGGGAGAAGAGCUAGGCAGGGUGGGAUCCUGUGUGUUUGGGACAGGACAACCUUGCCUUUGUGCACUGGGGAGGGCCGAUGAGUUGCUUGGCUUUUUGCAGGAUUUGCUGUUUUCUCCCUUAAAGGCAGAACUCUUGGGAAGCCAGCACAUGCCAAAGAAGGAUGAGUUCGAUCUUGACCGCCCAGAGACGCGGGAAUGACCCUGGGGCAGGAGACUGGAGCGUGCCUGCGAGGUCCAGGGUCGCCGCGCCUCAGCUCGCCGCCGCGCCCCUGCGUGAUGGGCUUUUGAUAGUGAAAGUGGAGGAAGACCCACCUGGAGGUCAGGAAUCCGACCCGCCCGGGGACUGUCAGGACUCAGAAAGUUUUCGACAGCAGUUUAGACAGUUUCGUUACCAGGAGGUGGCUGGACCCAUAGAGGCGCUGAGACGGCUCAGGGAACUUUGUCGUCAGUGGCUGAGGCCGGAGAUGCGCACCAAGGAGCAGAUCUUGGAGCUGCUGGUGCUGGAGCAGUUCCUGAACAUCCUGCCCGAGGAGACCCAGGCCCGGGUGCGGGAGCACUCUCCGGAGAAUUGGCAGGAGGCUGCGGCUGCAGUGCAGGCUUUUCAGAGAGCGCUUGAUGGGACCUCACCGCAGGGGUUGGUGACAUUCAAGGAUGUGGCUAUGUCUGUAACCUGGGAGGAAUGGGUGCAUCUGGACCCAGCUCAGAGGACUUUCUCCAGGGACAGUACACAGAAGGAUUAUGGGAACACAGUCUUGCUGAGUUUGGAAUCCAGAACUGAGAACAAAGAGUUGAUUCCAAAGCAAGAAAUUUUAGAAGAAGCAGAGCCACAGGGGCAGUUAGAAGAAGGGUCUCAGGGAAAGGCUCCCUUGUUUUCCCAGUGUGGUGAUACUCACAAGGACAGGGUAGAAGAGCCAUCAAGAUACCCCUCAGUGUUGAAACUUGAAAAUUCUCCUGGAGAGCAAGGAUUCACUAGCCUCUCAGUUUUCAGCAAGAAUUGUUCCACAGAAGAGGAAGACUCUAAAAAUAGUCAAUUUGAGAAUAGUACCAAAAGGUCAAACUUUAUUUUUCCUCAGCAUAUUCAGGCAGCAAACAGGCCUGUUAACAGUGAUGAACAUGGGAAUAAUUGCAAACAGAGUUUAGAUACAGUGCAGUAUCAAGUGGUGAUACCUCACACAUCUAUUGACAGUGAGAAAAAUUUCCAUAGCUCUGGCCUUUUGGCAACCCAGAGGCAGUUCCGUCAAGAAAAACCUUAUAAAUGUGAUGACUGUGGGAAGAGUUUCAAACAGCGUUCUGACCUCUUUAAACACCAGAGAAUACACACUGGUGAGAAACCAUAUGAAUGCCAAGAAUGUGGGAAAAGCUUCAGUCAGAGCGCUGCCCUAGUUAAACACCAGAGGACUCAUACAGGUGAAAAGCCGUACACAUGUCCCAAAUGUGGGGAAAGCUUCAGACAGAGCUCACAUCUAAAUCGGCAUCAAAGAAUCCACACAGGAGAUAAAUGCUAUAAAUGUAACGAGUGUGGGAAAACCUGCAAUAUUUCCAACCUUUUUAGACAUCAGAAAAUACAUAAAGGUGAGAGACCCUAUAAAUGUGAAGAAUGUGAGAAGAGCUUCAAACAGCGCUCUGACCUUUUUAAACAUAAGAGGAUUCACACUGGAGAGAAACCUUACGGAUGUACUGUCUGUGGGAAAAGCUUCAGUCAGAGUGCAACCCUCAUUAAACACCAGAGAACUCACACUGGGGAGAAACCUUAUAAAUGUCUUGAAUGUGGGGAGAACUUUAGACAAAGUUCACACCUUAUCCGACACCAAAGAAUCCAUAGACAUAAAGCCCCAUCAUUCUGACAUGUUUUUGCAUGAUGUUUGUUUUCUGUUGUCCAGAAACUACAUCCUCUAGCAUUUAGUGUAUUUCAGUCAGUCAUGGAUCAUAUUUCCUUGGGUAUUUCACAGAAGAUAGAUUCAGUCUGACCUAAGUCUCUUGACACAUACUUUAAUAAACUAUUGCCAGUGAAGGAGAAACAAGCAAGGGGCUUCUCCGUAAGUUGAGGUGGUUUUGUGUAAGAGACUUCUGAUUAUAAGAGGAAGGGGUGACAUGAGACAGAAUUCUGUCCUUGUCAUCCCUUCAUUCUUCUUACCUCUGCUUUUGGACCAAGUCUUGCCCACUCCAAUUACUUUCCUAAGAAUUUUUUUUUAGUCACUUAGAAGUAUUUUUUUUAGAAGUAUCUUUCUACCUAGGUGGUAGAGUAGAUUUCAACUACUUCAUAAUCCUUACAGCACCUUGUAAGUUCAGUGUAUACAAGAAGCACUCUAUUUUUUUUUUUUACUUAAUUUUGUAGAGUCCUUUCCCAUCCUAGCAGUCUAGGAGUUGGUUUUGUAACAUUAAAACAAAAAGUUCUUUUAAAACAAGAAAGGCAAAAGAAAAUCUCAUCUAAACACACAAUUCCCAUUAUUGUAUUUUUUUCACAGCUUAUCAAUUUAUGGUACUUUAUUCGAUAACUUUUGGUUUCUGAAAAAAGUCAUCACUAAAUUUUCCACCAAAACCUUUGUGUGUGUGGGUCCUUAUAUCAAAUAGCCUAAAACAUGUUUUUUAUUUUUGUGUUGAGGCUUCUUAAUAUUUUGGACAUGAGAAAGUGCUCCAGCAGUAUUUCCUUUAGGGUAUUUCAAAAGAGGAGGACACUGAAGACAGAAUUUCUGUUCUUGCUUUUUCUGUUAACAGCAGCCAUAACUGACGUUAUACGAUAUUCCCUUCAUAAGAUGCAUUCAUAUACAUUUUUCCUUUUGAUUUCCAAGCAACCCUAUGAGGUAAGUAGGAAACUAUGUCAUCUCAGUUUACAAAGGAAGAAACUGAGGCUCACAUUUGACACUUCAUUUCUCAGGUGAUCUGAUUGCUUAGUGAGUGAAGAUAAGCACACUAUUUUUCCCCUUUGAAUUAGUGAACAGCGCCCACCACGUGAUUCACUUACUGCCUUUUGCCCCUUUUCUCUCUCCUCCUGCUUCGUCUGGAGCAUCUUUGCAACGGUGAAUUAUGGACCCAGUAGCAGUGAUGGCAGAGUAGUUGGUGCAUCCACACACAUCAUGACAAGAAAUACAAGCUCUGAAUGGGAUUUAAAUCUUGAUGGUUCGUUAACUUUCCAGAGCUGUCUUUUCCCAUCCCUGUAGCCAGAUGAAGGGAAGAUACGGGAUUGGCUUUAUUGUCACUGUUGGGUUAAACUGUACGCUAAUGACUACUGAGUGAAGUUUACUCAAAUUAGAACCUAAAUAUCCUAUUACCUUUCCAGUUCUACAUAAUAAUAGCAUGGCUCAAAUCCAAAUUCUUUUAGGACUUUUUUAUGGGGAUAUAAGCUUAUUGGAAAUUUGGGAAAAUAAUUUUUUAAAAACCCAUUAAAAGGAAAAAUUAUCCAUAAUCCCACUACCCUGACUCAACUGUUACUGGUCUUUUGGUGUAUUUCCUUAUUUUUUUCUGUGUGUAUUUUUUUUACAUAAUAAAGAUCAUAAUGCAUAUAUUGUACUUUUAUCAUUGUGUCUUAAGGGUUUUAUGCGAUCUUCAUAACCAUUAUGCAUAAUGACUUCAUCAUUUUCCAGCAACUGGAUAUAACAAUUGAAUCAUUUUCCUUUAAACGGACAUUUCAAGCAUUUCUAAUUUUUCAUGGUUACAGUGCUGUAAUGAAUGUAAUUGUGAGUGUGAUUUUAAUAUAAUUUGGAUUGUUCCAUAGAAUCUAAGGCUAGAUUCCCAGAAAUAAAGUUCUGGAUUAGUGUGUGUGGUGCAAUGGAUCACUUUUGUGUGACCUUUCUCACCAGGGUCUUGUAACUUCCAAGUGACUGUGUGGGACCCUGCAGAUAGGGUAAUCGUUGCUAUGAGUCGGAAUCAACAGCAACGGGUAUACAGGGUAAGGAGACUGGUCACUUUUGCCAUCCCACUAGGCUUAAAAGAGCCAAUUUCAGAGUAGGGAGAACAUCUCACCACCACCAAGAAAGAGUCAAGAGUGGAGUGUGUCCUUUGGACCUGGAUCCCCUGUGCUGAGCUCCUGGAACCAGGAGACCGAGAGAGAGAGAACUGUAACACUGAAGAUGGCAAGAAGCAGUGGCAAAGAAAUGGUGGCAGGAGAUGGCGCAGUGGGCUUCCCGGCCCACGGAGCAAGAUGAGUGCCUUUGGGCAGGAGGUUUCCUGGAGGAGUAGGGCCUCCGGGCCCUUGGUGGAGCUAGGUUUGUCAAUUCACGGAACUAGAGCUGAGCAUCUUCAGGCUGAGGUAUAGACAGAGCUAAAGCAGCUUUGUGACACUUGCCUGAGCAAGGAAGGCAGAGGUUGAGGGGCCAGAGAGAGGUGUGCCUGUGGGCAUGGCUGAGAAGAGGCUGUCCUCACGGAAGAACUGUAUCCUGAACGUUCCUCAACCUGAAUUGUAACCUGUUACUUCCCUAAUUACCCCAUAAUUGUUAGUACUAUCUGCGAGUUCUCCAUGGCCAUUGCAAUGAAUUAUAGAACCCAGCAGAGAACUACUGCAGUGGGAGGGAUAACUGGUGUCAGAAUUAGUAAAGAUGGCAGGGAGAAUCAGUAUUGUCUGUUGAUCUUGAUUCUCCUUCCCCUAUGUGAAGUUAGAGUAGGUCAGAUACCUCUGGUAUGCCAUUCUUAAAGUAUGUGAACUAUUUCAUGGCUCUUAAUACACUUUUCCAGUUGCUCUCCCCCAAUGUGAAAGCCAAAUUACACAAUAUUAGAAUUUCAUUAUAUCCUAGGACCUAUUAUUGUUUUCCUAAAUGGAUAAAAAAAAACAAACAUUACCUUUCAGAACUCACCUCAGCCUUGGACACAGUAGUAAAGUACAUGUUCCAUCUUUUGACCCUCCUUAUAACCAACAGGAGAGAAUUGUGAGAAGGCUGGCUUAGGUACAUUAAGGCUUUAGGGUGUCAUUCUGAAAAUUUAACUUUUUAGGCGAUUUAGUAUCGAGAGCAUUUGGCUAAAGUGAGGAACUGUGAAUAAAGUAUCAGUUUAAACAUGGCCGUGAUCUGUAUUACUUUGGGAAAGAGUGUAACUGACCAGUUGCUGUGGGGUACAUUCCCUGUGCUCACAGGAUUUUCAAUGGCUGGGAUCUUCUGGAAGUAAGAUUGCCAGGUAAUUCUUCCAAGGGGCCUCUGGGUGGAUUCGAACGGCCAACCUUUUGGUUAGUAGCUGAGUGCUUAACCUUUUGCCUAUUGUGUAUAACCAAAUCAAACCCACUGUUCUCAAGUAGAUUCCAACUCAUAGCAAUCCUAUUAG